AUGGCUGUGCACGCCCCCAGGAUCGCUGAAAAAUGUAUAAUCUGGACCCAGGCCAUGAUCGAUCAAGCCCUGUUCAACGAGAAACUCAAGAGGCCCGUCAAAAUAUGCUUUGAUGAGUGGAAUGUCUGGAAUGCUGACAAGUACCCCGGAACGGAAGGCCACGAAGAAAUUUAUAACGUGUCCGAUAUGCUUGGCGUUGCUGUUUGGUUGAAUAUAUUUAACCGACAUGCCGACAUUGUCGAAAUCGCGUGUAUUGCCCAGAGCGUCAAUGUUAUUGCACCUAUCUAUACAAAGCCAGGGGACCUGAUGAAGCAGACGAUUUGGUGGCCUUAUCAAUUGACGGCGCAGAACGUGCAUGGUCGCUCUGUCGCCACUCAUGUCAACUGUUCUAUGUUUGAGGGAGAGGUUACAGGACAAUUGGAAAAGUUUGCAGACAUGUUACCAGAGUUGAAGCAUCUUGACGUUGCUUCAACUGUUGAUGACAGCAAUAUUCUCACAAUUUCCAUCGUUAAUGGCAAACUUGAGCCGGUCGAGGUGGACUUGCAGAUUGACAGCGAAAUCAAACAUGGUAUAGAGAAGUAUGAAGUUGUCGGUAAUCCGGAGGACGAUAAUUCUUUCGAGGCUAAGGAUAAAGUCAUCCCAAUACAAUCAUCGCUCUCCUCCUCGACGACAGUCAUUUUGAAGAGAUGUUCAUACACGAUGUUGAGAUAUCAGCUGUAG